AUGGAGCAACCAAGUGGUGAAGUCUGGCAGCCACCUCCUCCUAUGGAAUACAAGUUAAACUUUGAUGCAGUGAUAUUUUUAGGGAUGGAGAAAUCCGGUAUAGGUGCAACAAUCAGAAAUGAGAAGGGCGAGGUUAUGGCUGGUAUGUCUGCUAUUGAGCCAAAGGUGGAUACAAGUGAAGAAGCUAAACUCCUUGUGUGUAGAAGAUCCAUUGAAUUCACUGUGGAUGCUGGUUUCACUAGACUAAUGAUAGAGGGAGACAAUACCAAUGUUAUGAAAGCAAUUUCUUCAGAUGUGGCUAACUACUCGUUUCUAGGCAAUGUGGUGGAUGAUAUUCGCCAUUUGAUUUCUGGUUUGCAGUGGGCUACAACUAGUAAGAUUAGGAGGGGAGGUAAUAAGGUAGCACAUGUUCUUAUUCAACAUGCUAGAAAUUUAGAAUAUGAUUUGUAUUGGUUGGAGGACUCUCCCCCACCAGCUUUGGAAGCCUUGUAUCAGGAUUUGGUAUUAUAA